AUGAGGAACUGGUACGACUCGCUCAGACUGGCAAGAAGCGUGAUCACCAAGUCGUCCUCGCUGACCGGAGCGCCGACCGCGUCGAGCUGUUCCGCCAGCGUCUUGAGCUUGUUAAUGUGCUCCAGCACAUCAUCACCUUCGUCCAUCGUUGUCGUGAAGAACCGUCGACGAAGAAAGAGCUUGUUCGCCAGGCUCUUCUUCUCGAAGUGUCCCUCGAGUCUUGACCAUGCAUCAUGCGCGUCCUUCGCCGACCGCACCAGCGGCAGCUGCGAGUCCUCCAACGCGAGACAGACGAUCGCCAGCGCCUUGCGCGACUUCUUGCGAAACGUCGCUUGGUCCGCCGCGGUCGUGCACUGCUCGAGCUUCACUUCCCCACUCGUCACUUCCCACAGUUCGCGCUCCUCCAGCACCAUCUGCAUCUUGAACUUCCAUGUGUGGAAGUUGGUUCCGUCGAACUUGUUGAUGCGGGCGGUCGCGGUCGGGGCGGCGUCCAUGGCGAAGGCGUAG